AUGAACAGUUCAUCCUCAAACGUCUUUUUCCAAACCAGAUACAACCUUUCUGGGUCGAACUACAUUCUGCUGCAAUGGGUUGGAUGUGGAGGCUUUGGGGAUGUACUAAAAUGUUUAAAAAAAGACACCCAAGAGAUCGUCGCUGUAAAGAUCCAAGAAGCUGGCAGAUACUUUGAAAAUGAGUAUAAUAUGUUGAAGUUCCUCAUGACUAACAACUUGGACGAGAAGAACAUCAUCAAGUUUAUUGAGAUGUGCUCACUUAAGGACAACAUGAAAGCCUUGGUGUUUGAGAUGCUGGAUCAGACUCUUGAUGAUCAUAUCAGAACCUCAACCCGUCUGGAUCUGGCCAGCAUCAGAAGCAUCAUCAAUCAGAUGGCCAUAGCCUUGGAUGCUCUGAAGACCAACGAAGUGAUCCACUCAGAUAUAAAGUCUGAUAACAUCAUGUUGGUGAAUCGUGAAGAGCAGCCUCUGAAGGUUAAGCUCAUUGACUUUGGAUUGGCUAUUCCAACCAGUUUAGCGAAGCAGGGCUCUGACGUACAAACUUCGAAGUACAUGGCUCCAGAGAUUAUUUUAGGACUGCCAUUUUCAGAGGCCAUCGACAUGUGGUCUCUUGGUGUGUUGAUGGGUCAAAUGCUGACUGGAUACUACUUAUUUCCAUCAGAUUUGAAAUAUGAAUGUCUGCAAUACAUGGUGGAGCUCCUUGGUGCUCUUCCAGACAAUAUAGAUGAUGGGAUGUUUACCAGAAAAUAUUGCAUAAAGACCCUAUCUGGCCGAUGGAUCCUGAAGGCCCCUGAGGAUUGUGAUGGUGUUGGUGUGUGUGGGCGUAUGGACAGCUGGCCCUAUUGUUUCAGAAACCUGGACCAGCUGGAAAAACUAACCCACCUUGCUAACGAGGACAAUGAUGAGAAGAAGGCGUGCAUCGACCUUUUGAAGGCCAUGCUUCAGAUGGAUCCCAGCAAGAGGAUCACCCCGAGCCAAGUCCUUGCCCAUCCGUUCAUCACCAGAGGAAACUUCCAGCAAAGCUCCAACCCCAGCAGCAGUAGAAGUGGCUUAAAUGAACAGACCCCACAGACACCCUUAUUGAUCCACGUUAAACCUGCGCCCCCUGAACGCUGCCUGAAACUGGAAGAAGACUCAGAAGAAUAA